AAUGGAAUGGAAUGGAAUGGAAUGGAAUGGAAUGGAAUGGAAUGGAAUGAAUGGAGUAGAAUAUAAUGGAGUAGAAUAUCUGAAGAUCAUCUCCAGUGGAUAACACAUGAAAAUAUCAUCUUUUCUAUUCUAUUUUUUUUUUUGAAAAUCAUGUUAUUUGUUUAUUUUUAUCAGAAGGGCAGAAAUAAGGUACAUGUGGUAAAAUUUCAAUGACACUGACUCACAGGGUAUGUGCCCAGAAGUAAAAAAAAAAAAAAAAAAAAAAAAAGAAUAAUUUAUAUGCUGUCUGGAAUUAAUGCACCCUGUUGCAUAUGUUCACAACAGAGCUACUUGAGUUCAUACCCAUUACCCAACACCCUUUAUACUGUGCUAUGUGAAAUAGCAGAGACCACCACGCGGCAUAGUGGGGAUGCAUCCUGCCCUUGGAUGAGCCUUCAACACUGUGAGUGCUGUGACCACAGGAGUGCUGCUGGAAGCAGCAGCUCAGGGGCUCUUCCUACUGGGAAGCAAUGGUGCAAGAAUAUAUUAAAGAAGAAAUGGAAAAUUCAGGUAAGCAGGGUCUUUGGGGAAAGCUGACUGCUUUUGAGGCGCCCCAGUGCACCUUUGGUAAUUUAUGCUGUGGGUGUGGGGUAAAACUUAUAUCUGCCUGUCACACCAGGGGAUGCAAAAGGAUUCCAUUCUGGUGGCAGACAGAGCGAUGGAGCCCUUACAGCAGCUUCAGCGCCAGGAGCAGGGAGUGCACUUCUGAGAAGGAAGCAGAAUGCAACGGACCAGAAAGGGUGAUUUUCUGAAAGCGUUUGGGGCAGAUGUGUGCUGGAUGAUGUGAGGCUGAGUGUCUUUGCCAGCACUGGGAAAGCUGUGCACAUCCCUUGCAGGAUCCUCUGUCAGCACACAGCCGAUGAGUUUUUGUCUGUGCCUGGGCUCAUGGCAAUAGGGAGGAGGAGUGGAGAAUCUCUGCCGCACUGAGGCAAACUAAUGCAAUAAAAAGCGUGUAACACGUUUGAAAAAAGAGAAGGAAGAGGACAAUGGAUAUUCAAGAACAUCUCUAAGCCUGGUGCUGGUGUAACCUUACGUGAGUGCCAUCUGGCCGGGCUCAGAAGGAGCAGAGCACAGGUGGAAUUUAGAUCAAAGCAAGCUCUGAUUCCUCAUGCAGAGCAGGGAAACCCAGAUGCGAGCUCUGAUGGGCAUCUCUGAGAAGGAAUGACACAAAGAGCUGUGCGUGCGUUCACAGAUAAGCUGCAAAGAAAACAAGGGAAUCCGUGGGCCAACAGACCAGGGAAGGGUUUUCUUAACAGAAUGCUUAUUUCCUUGCAGAAGCAGGAGUCCUGCCACUAAGCAGUACUGGGAAUUAAGGUCCCUCUUGAAGGCACCACAGCGUGUUGGAAUUCUAAGCUUAAUUCUGAAUCCAAAUGUUGGAUGAAAGUUCCUUCUGGGGUAGACCCAGGAGGCACAGGAACCAUAGAAUCAUGGAUUCAUUUUGGUUGGAAAAAGAGGACGUGCAAGAAUGCAAUCAGCCAAACAAGGGAAAAGAAGGAUUCUCCACCCUUUGUGAAAAGCUAUAGAUCAUUUUAUGAGUAUAUGUGUGCAAAUAUGCAAUAGGGGAUCUCUUUCCCUGCUGGCUACGUAAUGCACUGAGGAAUCUGAGGCUGGGAUCAGGGGAAGACAGUGAUUUUUGUCUAUUCACUGAGAUUUUGAGAGAUAGAUACACCUUUAUCACAGAUAGCUAUCGUUAUGAAAGUGGUUAAUAAUUCAGAUUAGAAGGGGAGGUUUUCUUUUGAAACUGUAAGUUCAUGGAAUGGCAAAGAAGGAUGCUUAGGAUCCUUUGGAUCCACCUUAAUGUAUCUAAUCAUAUCACUAGAGAGUCAGAAAUCCACUUUGGCAGGGGGUCUUAACUGUUGAAUGCUACACUAAAGAAAGUGGCAGACAAAGGUGCAAUACUAUCAUAUUGACUUCUCCCCACAGAGAAGAACUGUAAUUUUUUCUGCCAGUAAGCACUGGCACCAGGAGCAUGGCAGGGGGAAACCACUCUGGCGUGACAGAGUUUGUCCUCUUGGGCUUCACCACUAUGCAGGAGCUGCUCUUUGUGGUUUUCUUCCUCAUCUACAUCACCACUCUGAUGGGGAACCUCGGGAUGAUCGUCCUCAUCAGGACCGACCCUCAUCUUCACACACCCAUGUACUUCUUCCUCAGCCACCUCUCAUUCCUGGACAUCUGCUACUCCUCAUCCAUAACUCCAAAGCUGCUGCUGGGCCUCCUCGCUGGGCAGAAAGUCAUUUCUUUCCAUGGUUGCCUCACGCAGCUCUUCUUCUAUUUAGUAUUCAUCACCACGGAAGCCUUCUUUCUGGCCAUCAUGGCAUAUGACCGCUGCGUGGCCAUCCACUGGCCUCUGCACUACUUGGUUGUCAUGUCCCACAGGGUCUGUGUGCAGCUGGUGGUGGGCUCCUACAUGGCCAGCAGCCUGAACGCCCUGGUGCACACCACAGCUCUCCUCCACCUGUCCUUCUGCGGGCCAAAUGUGCUGAGACAUUUCUACUGUGAAAUCCCACCCCUCCUGCAGCUCUCGUGCUCUGACACCUGGCUCAACCAGGUCUUGAUGCUCUCGUGUGCUGGCUUCAUCAUUGCCUCCUUAGUCUUGGCCAUCCUUGUCUCCUACACCUUCAUCCUGCUCACCAUCUGCAGCAUCCGCUCUGUGGAGGGCCGGCACAAAGCCUUCUUCACCUGCACCUCACACCUCACUGCCGUCACCCUCUUCUGUGGCUCUGCAGCUUUCUUGUACCUCCAUCCCCUCUCCAGUCAUGCAGAAGAGGAAAGGAAAACAGCCUCCAUCUUCUACACUGUGGUGACCCCCAUGAUCAACCCCUUCAUCUACAGCCUGAGGAACGCAGAGGUGAGGAAUGCCCUGAGCAGAGCCGUGAGGAAGGUCCCCUCCUGCGUCCACUGUCAUCACUCUCCCUCCAACCAAAUUCGAAGGGGUGCCACACAUCACAGCAGAUGGAGCAGAAGAAACACACUGGACACCUGAUGUAACGAGGGCAUGGCACACUCCUGCACGUUCCUUGAGAAGAAGAUAUUUCACCUUGGGCUGGGCAUUGUGUGGAUCAUGUUUUUCCAAGGGUUUUGUUCAUUGAAGAAUGAAUGACCUGUAAUUUUGAUUUUUGGUAGGAUGAAGUAUAGAAAGAAUAGCAGUAGUAGAAACUCUUCCACUGUUGGUGAAUCUUUCAAAGGAAAAGAUAUUAUGAGUACUGCACAUACCUGCACAGGGAGAUGAACUUAUAAUAAAUACCAACACAAUAAUGAUACAUUCUCUAUAUUAAUUAAAAAUAUGUCUCAGGGUAAAUUUUCACAAUGUUAUUUAAAAUGUUCUAAGUUGUUGACUAAGGUUAUGCUUUCCUUCAAUAAACCUGAUG